AUGGGGAACCUCUCCUCUCUGGCCACAGACCACCAGCUGGAGGCCUUCCUGGAGAAAACUCUGGCUGAGACGUCACCGGCGUCUGACCCGAGGACCAGAGGCCUGAUGGAGGAGCUGCAGGCCCAGCUGAUGGAGCACCAGGCCUUCUCCCCCAUGGACACUUCAGACCUCUCCUUCUGUGACUCCUCCUCCCCCUCCUCGCUCCACUUGGGCCUCUCUGAUGCGGGCCUGGACAACAUGGAGUGGCUGGACCUCACCCAAAUAACUCCUGGGUCUGCCGGGGCGCUCACUCCUCUGGGGAUCCCCUCGGACUUCCUGGACCCUCAAGACCUGCAGCUGCACUGGGAGUGACGGGGGGGAGGAAGACAGGGGUGAGGAAGACAGGGAGGUAACAGCUGAGCCAGGAGAUAAAGCUGGAUGGACGAAAAGAGGCGGAAAAAGGUUUAGAUUUUAGACAAGAAGGGA